AUGCGCGUGCUGGUGCUGGCAGCGCUGGCAGUGGGGCUGCUGGCAGCGGCGGUGAGUGGAGCGCGGGACGCGAUGAAGGUAGCCAGGGGCCUGGUCCCCACGGACGGUGGGGGCGCUGGGGUGGCUGGCGGGGCGGCGGCGGGGCAGCAGAAGAAGAGCGCGCGCAUUCUGGCGGCUGAGACCUUUGCUCACCACGCCCCUCUGCCCGACUACCUCGACCACAUCCCCCGCCGCCAGGCCCUCGCCACCACGUGUGGGCGCACGACGGUGACGAUCCGCUCGCAGUACCUGGGGCCGUACGACCUGCACAACGACAUCUACAACAUGACCUUCUACAACGGCUGCGCCUACAACGUCACCAGCCCGCUGCGCGUGUGGCAGUGCUUCAACUUCUACAACAUUUGGGAGGACGUCCUCGAUAACCCCGCACCCAACCCCACGCAAUACCAGCAAGGCGAAAUCUUUGUGCAGACGCUGCCGGGGUACUGUGAGAUGCGCAUGAACCGUGGUGCGAGCGGCAAGUUGCAGAUGCUUCCCGGGGAGACGGUGAACAUUGUGUAUGCGCAUACGUGGGACUUCCGGCCCUGUGUGCAGGAGCUGCGCUUCGGCAACGGCAACAGCUACUCCAUGACCAACACCACCGAGUGCCAGCUCGCCAAGGUCAUUUAG